UAUGUGUUGUGCUUUUAGCAGUAUGGAUUUCUUCAUCCCUAUCUUGUUCUCUGAUUACAAGACUUGCUUCAUUCAGAGAGUGAAACAGACUGUUAUAACAAAACCACAGCUUUGCAGGUUUCAACUGUGUUUGUUGUGUGGGCUUCAUCCAGCAUGGCUGACUUAUUUGCAAUCCAGCUCCUAGAAUAGCUGUUUGGAAGACAGAUGUAACCUGGGCAACUUUAAUUCUUGGGAAAAAAUUGUUUAUGAGUAGCUUUUAGCUUGUUUUGCCUUUGUAGGAAGAAAAGUGGCUCUAAUAUUUUAGUUGUCUAUUUACAUUUCAUUCUUUGAGUCAUUUGAGCUACCCCGAAAGUCUCCAAUUAAUUUACUGGCAGUGUAGAAAGAAAUAAGUGACUAUUCCACUUCACUCAGGAGAGCCUUGAUUUAGUUGCAGAUGACUACUGUACACUAUAUAUCUGCUAUUUGAUCUUGGUUAACCAUCAUGCUGAACUUCAGAGCCAUCCAGUAGAGCUGGGCAUUGCAUUUUUGCCAGUUCAAGAAAUCACAUUCAUCUAUAGGGAUGUGGAUUGGUGGGCAUGGUGCUGAUGGGAGGGUGGUUGGACUUGAUAGGGACUGGGUGGUCUUAGUGGUCUUUUCCAACCUUAAUGAUUCUGUGAUUCUAUUUAUUAACAUUUGUGGCCACAGAAGUUGUGAGUUAUUGCCUCAUCUGUCGGAAUUUUUAGCAAAGUUAGAAAUAUGUACUGUGCUCCCAAAAUGAAUGUACCAUGCACCAGUGAUUUUACGUAUGGAACGAUUCUACUUCAGGUAAUACAGUAAGAUUGGCAGACCUGUGCUCUGUACUUGACUUGCCAAGCUAUUGAAGGAAAGAGCUGAACAAGAUAUGGUCAUCUGCCCUUCCGCCAAAUCCAUGUCUGUAGUACUUCUGACUCCUCUUGGAUUUAUCCACUGGCAGUGUUCACAGCAAUAGCAUGUUUUAAAAGAGCAAUUGCAUUCAACAAGAACAACAAAAAAACUGUACUGUACUUCUGCUUCAGUUAAUUUCUUUAUUUCUGUCUUAGAUUUUUCGACAUGUUUUAACCUAUUCUGAAGGACCCAACAGCCACGUCUACUGUGGUAUCAUUUCCUUGUAGUUGGUACAGGGAACUGAAAGAUUGUAUUGUGGGAACUUCCUUGAAACUUAAGAAAUUAGCCUGAGGCAGGUGGAAGGCUUGAGUCCCGAAAGUUCUACAAAGUAAUGUGAUGCAAAGAAUUGUGGCCUGUCUUUUCUGUUCUCUAAUGUGUUAUUAAAUAUGAAUAGUUCAGAGUGUUUUGCAGGGAAUAAGCAGUGGUUUCACUGGCAAGUCUUUGCUAACCUAAAUCUGUGAUAAAAAGCAAAUGUGAAGCUGGAAAUUUAAUAGAAUUCCAGAUUGCUUAACAGAUGCCUCAGAACUUUGUUCCUCGAUGGAAGAGGUGUUGAAGACAGCCAGCAGCACUGGAGAAGCAUGGAGACAGAAUAGUCACGUAUUGACACCCUCAAAAAAAUACUGAGCACACGGGUGGAAAUGAAGAGCUUGAACCAUCACUUCAGCAUGGCAGCAGCUGAAUCUGACAAGGACUCCGGAUACUCAGAUGGCAGUUCAGAGUGCCUAAGUGCUAUGGAGCAUACUGACUCUGAGGAUGUCCUGAAUGCGCUGUGUUGGAAUGCAGAGGAUGGGCCUUGGCCUUGCCCUGUGACCACGAGCAGCUCCUUUCCUGCACUUUCUCCUAUGGUUGUAAUGAAAAAUGUUCUAGUAAAGCAGGGGAGUUCAUCCCAGCUCCAGUCUUGGACUGUCCAGCCAUCCUUUGAAGUGAUUCCAGCUCAGCCACAGCUGGUAUUUCUUCACCCAUCAAUCCCACCUCCCAUUAACCCUCACCCUGUCGGGAAAAAGAGAAACGAUCCCACUAACUACCUGCCCAUCCUGAACUCUUAUCCCAAAAUAGCACCACAGCCCUGUAAAAGAGACCACUCCUUCGAUCUAGAGGAACAUCAGGAAACCAGUUGCCAUAAACGACUCUGCACAGAAGCAUCUAAAAUGGAGACUUCUCCUGUAUCAAGGAGCACAGGUUUGUCUACUAGUCCUUUUGCCCAUCUACCAGUUAGCUUUAAGGCUCCUCAAGAUUCUAACCAGCAAAGUUCUUCAAGCUUGAUGACAACUGGAAAAGUGUCAACUCUUCCUGGUUUACAUCGCGUUUCUGCUGACACUCCAAAAGUUCCAGGUUUGGCUUCUCUUUUGCCUUUUGGAACUCUACAGACAGCAAAGUGCACUCCUCAUGAGAAUGAGAGUGCAUCACAAACUACAAUGCAAUCUGCAGUGUGGAGCCUGCCACUGAUACCAGAAGAGACUUGCACUACCCCCGAGCUGCUUUUGCAACAGCAAAGUAAGUGCAGGCGCUUUCAGAAUACACUCGUUGUGCUACGCAGGUCAGGAUUGCUAGAGAUCACUUUAAAAACCAAGGAGCUCAUUCAUCAGAACCAGGUGACUCAAGCUGAGCUGGACAGGCUGAAGCACCAAACACAGCUUUUCAUAGAAGCAAUAAAGAACAAUGCUCCACAGUCAUGGGCAGAGCUAGAAGCAUCGCUAACAGGCUCAGAUAAAGCUAAUAGCAACCUUGAAGACUCCACUUAUCCAAACAUGUAGUAAAAUGGUACAUAGAUGUUAAGUUAUUCCUGUGCCUCCUAUUUCCUGUCUCAAGCUUUUACUUGAACGUUCUGAGUCCAAGAUGUGCAAGGUGGCAUGCAUUCACAGCUUGUCUUUACAGCCAUCCGUGGGACUGGGAUUGGGACAGCACAGUGGGAUCUUGGCAAGAUGACUACUCGCUACUCCAGUAUGACCUUGAACUCCAUGCUAACUCUAUACUGUCUUGGACUUCGGAAGCUUGGAUGUGCUCUGCUGGCAUGCUCCCAUUCUUGCUGUGAGAAGACAGUCAUUUGCAGAAUUCUGCAAGCAAGUCUUUUCCUAUUCCCAUCUUCAGAUUGUCAGUUCUGAGAGUGGCAUGGCAAAACAGUCCCCAGUAUUGGGCUAUCACCAGUUGCAGGAAGGGAGUUGGUGUGAGGAGAAGAUCAGUUUGGUGGGCUGCUAUCAGACUGUUGCUGACUGUUGACAGAGAGUCUUGCUUUUGGGGUUACAAUUGUUUUGAAUUAGUGAAGAUCUGCUUGUGGUGAAGCAACAUUCUGUAUUUAUUGCAAUCUUUGACCAAAGUGACAAGAAUCUUAGGAGCCCGCUGACUUGAUUUUGUUGAGCAUAUGUUGGAUUUUGAUCUGUAAAGAUGAAUGAAGGAGAAUUGCAAGGCUUGCACUGGAAGUGUUUGUUUCAAAGCUGUAUUUAUUUGCACUUCCCGUUAGUGACUAAAAAGUGUACGGAGCAAAAGGCUUUAGAUUUUCUUGGUAGAAUGCAGAGGCAUUUUUAAACAUUGUGCAAGAAAGACACUUGUUCACCAGAGUUAAUUUGGCAAGACUAGUUAAAUGUUAUCCAUACAUCUUUCGUUUAUAAGGCUAAACUCUUUUUUUUUUUUUUUUUUUUUUUUUUUUUCUGUGAAAUUGCUCCCAGUCUUGUUCAGCAUCUGCAUCAGUGCCCUUGAUGAUGAGGGGAUAGUGUCCACGCUCAGCAAGUUUGCUGAUGAUAUGAAGCUGGGAGGAAGCACACCAGAAAGCUGUGCUGCCAUUCAGCGAGACCUGGGCAGGCUGAAGAGUUGAGCAGGGAGGAACCGGAUUAGGUUUAAAAAGAGCAAGUGUAGAGUCUUGCACCUAAGGAGGAAUAACCACAUGCACCAGUACAGGUUGGGGGAUAACCUGCUGGAGAGGAGCUCUGCAGAAAGGGACCUGGGACUCUGCAGUGUGCCCUGGUGGCCAAGAAUGCCAAUGGUGUCCUUGGAUGCCCUAAAAGGAGUGUGGCCAGCAGGUCAAGGGAGGUGAUCUUCCCCCUCUGCUCUGUCCUAGUGAGGCCUCAUCUGGAGUACUGUGUCCAGUUCUGGGCUCCCCAGUACAGAAAAGACAGGGAUCUGUUGGAAAGAGUCCAGCAGAGGGCCGCUAAGAUGGCAGAGCGCUUGAAGCACCUCUCUUAUGAGGAAAGGCUGAGCAACCUAUGUCUGAAAAAAGAAGGCUGAGAGGGGUUUGAUCAAUGUCCAUAAAUAUCUAAGGUGCUGGAGGAAAAGGGACAAGGCCAGACUCUUUGCAGCAGGGGCGAUAGGAUGAGGGGGAAUGGCCACAAACUGAAGCUUAGGAAGUUACACACAGAUGUGUAUGAAAACUUCUUCACGGUAAGGGUGAAGUGACGGAGCACUGGAACGGGCUGCUCGGGGAGACUGAAGCCUCCUUCUCUGGAAAUGUUUAAGACCUGCCUGGAU